CUUUCCUCCGUGGCCCAUUCUUCGAAACCCACGAAGCAAAUUUGUCAUCUCCCACCCAACUCAGUUGAACACUUGAACGCAACACGCAACAUCAAAUCCACCGCCAAAACCAUCGGCGCCACCAGCUCCGACGCCUUACCCACCUCCGUCUCCUCCAAUUAACUUCACACAUCACACCACAAUACCACGCCACCACCCUCCUUCUCAAUAGCUUACUCCUCUAUUCGACAUUUUGAGGUAAGCUCCAUCAAGUUUAUGCCGAAAUUGGAUUUCAAUUUCAACUAUUUUAUCUAAUUAAGCUGCAAAGUGAUGGAAAUGGACAAAGAACAGUUCUUGGAAGAAUUUGGCAAAGAUUAUGGGUACCCAGAUGGUCCCAAAAGUAUAGACGAAAUACGAGCUACUGGAUUCAAGAGAUUAGAUACUGUGUAUUUGGAUCAUGCUGGGGCUACUUUGUAUUCUGAGCUACAAAUGGAAGCAAUUUUCAAGGACCUUACUUCUAAUGUUUAUGGAAAUCCACACAGCCAAAGUGACUCCAGCUUGGCUACUUCUGAAAUCAUAAGAGAGUGUCGUCAGCAGGUUCUAGACUAUUUUAAUGCUUCUGCAAAAGAAUACAAGUGCAUUUUCACUUCUGGAGCGACAUCUGCUUUAAAGAUUGUUGGAGAGGCCUUUCCUUGGAGCAGUCAGAGUCACUUCAUGUACACAAUGGAGAACCACAAUAGCGUCAUUGGGAUAAGAGAGUAUGCGUUGAACCAUGGAUCUGUAGCUCUUGCGGUAGAUGUAGAGGAACGUGUAGAUCAGGAUACAUCUUCGACUGACAAGAGAACUUUGUUUAAAGUAUCGCAACAUACUAUACAGAGGAGGAAUGACAGUAGAAACAUGGAAGACGAUUCCUCAGGCAAUGCAUGUCAUUUGUUUGCUUUUCCAUCAGAAUGCAAUUUUUCGGGCGUGAGGUUCAACCUUGAUCUUAUAAGAGCUGUCAAGGAGCAAUCAGAGGACACGUUUAAAGAUACAAUCCUGACCAAGGGUCGCUGGCUUGUCUUGAUAGAUGCUGCCAAAGGAUGUGCAACAGAACCACCCGAUUUAUCGAAAUAUCCUGCUGAUUUUGUUGUUCUAUCAUUCUAUAAGAUAUUUGGCUAUCCAACUGGGCUUGGUGCUCUCAUUGUCCGAAAUGAAGCUGCAAAGUUGCUGAAGAAGACUUACUUUAGUGGGGGAACUGUAGCGGCAUCAAUUGCUGAUGUGGACUUUGUCAAGCACAGAGAUGGAAUUGAGGAAUCUUUUGAGGAUGGAACUACAUCUUUCUUAAGUAUUGCUUCCAUUCGUCAUGGCUUCAAAGUAAUGAACACUCAUACUAUUUCCUCCAUCUCCCGGCACACUUCAUCUCUGACAACAUAUUUGAAGAGAGUACUCUCCAACUUGAAGCAUGAAAAUGGAGCAGAUGUGUGUACAAUUUAUGGAGAUAACAGCAUGAUAUCUAUGAAGAAGGGCUCUAUAGUUUCAUUCAACUUAAAACGCCCAGAUGGUUCUUGGUAUGGAUAUCGAGAGGUGGAGAAAUUGGCUUCUCUAUCUGGAAUUCAGCUGCGGACAGGAUGUUUUUGUAAUCCUGGUGCCUGUGCAAAGUACCUUGGCCUUUCUCACUUGGAGCUCCUUUCAAAUGUUGAGGCUGGUCAUGUCUGCUGGGAUGAUUUUGACGUUGUAAAUGGAAAGCCAACAGGAGCUGUUAGAGUGUCUUUUGGCUACAUGUCAACAUUUGAGGAGGCUAAGAAACUAGUUGAUUUUAUAAUAAGUUCCUUUGUGGUACUGCCUACCCCAAUGAGAUGUAGAAGCCUGCUACAUGGGUCUGACAUUUUCUUGUUCAAAGAUUCAGAGAAAAAGGAGAAUGCCACGGGUUUGUAUUUGAAGUCCAUCACUGUUUAUCCAGUAAAAUCUUGCGCAGGAUUUGAUGUGGAUAAUUGGCCUUUGAGAAAAACAGGACUGCUACAUGACCGUGAAUGGCUUAUAAGAAGUCCAAGUGGGGAUAUUCUUACUCAGAAAAAGGCCCCAGAUAUGAGUCUUAUAAGUACAUCUAUAGACCUGAAUCAAGGUAUCCUGUUUGUUGAAUCACCACGUUGCAAAACGAAACUCCAGAUUCUCCUGAAAUCAGCAUCAUAUUGUUGUGAAAGAGAAGAGAUAGAGUUGCAUGGCCACAGAUAUGCAGUGCAGUGUUAUAACCAGGAAGUCAACAGCUGGUUUAGUAAUGCUAUUGCACGUCCAUGCAUUCUCUGGAGAGCCUCAGCUUCAAAUUGUUUUUUAAAAAAACAGGGUAUUGCAGGCACGUGCAGGGAUGUCGAGAGUUCAUUAAAUUUUGUCAAUGAAGCCCAAUUCUUGCUAAUAUCGGAAGCAAGUGUUGUGGAUCUCAAUGAUAGAUUAAAGUCAAAAACAUCUCAAGUUGACCGAGCACCAAUUAUUCAGGUUUCUGCAAUGAGAUUCCGCCCCAACCUUGUCAUAUCUGGAGGAGAGCCAUAUGCUGAAGAUCUAUGGAGAGGAGUUCGAAUUGGGAGCAAGUAUUUUGCAUCAUUGGGAGGAUGCAAUCGAUGCCAGAUGAUCAACUUUGAUCACCAAUCAGAACAAGUGCAUAAAACAAGCGAACCUUUGGCAACUUUAGCGUCAUAUAGGCGGGUGAAGGGAAGGAUUUUGUUUGGAUUACUGCUGCGAGUUGAGAAAUGCAGUCUGGAAAAUGAGGAGUUGGAUUCAUGGCUAGCAGUUGGGGAAGAUGUAUAUCCAGAUAUAAGGUAGGGAAAAAAAACCUCCAUUCUUGCCCGCAGAAAUGGUCGAUUGCAAUGAUUCAGGAUGCAGCUUUUCUCAUGCUCCUUAUGCAACAACCACCAGUAGCAGAAUGAAUGAGAGUAACAAGAAGAGUGAAAUGCUUUACAAUGAAGCACAUAGUUAAGCUAUCUUCUGUAUAUGUCAGUCUGCACCAAACCAUAGGAAAAUUAAAACAUGAUAAAUGUAUGAGGUGUUUUUUUGAUCCUCCAUUUCAAUUGAAGGCAUUCUUGUACAGUCAAAGGCAAAUCCGUAAAAGAUGAAAUCAGUAAAUUUCUAUUUACGUUUUACUCCACGUAAAAACGUAAAAUACUUGUAGGAUUGACAAUAUAGUACCAAAGGUGUCUUUAGAGUAUACCGAAUCAGUAUAGCUAUUGUUCUUUUGGCAAGGCAAUUUCAAUUAAUAUUGAAAUGAAGUAUGACUGUAUGAGGGAAUUUCUUUUUUUUUUCUAUAGAUUUUUUUUUCAAAUAGUAUAAAGUUUAUCACUAUAUUUUGUG